AUGCCCGAAUACACCAAGAUGAAGAACGCCGAUCUUGAGGCGCUACUCAAGGAACGCGGCCUUCCUACCGGCGGAAAGAAGGCGGAUAUGGUGGAUCGUCUCACCAAAGACGAUGACAAAAAGCCUGCAGGCGAGGAUGAGAUUGACUGGGAUGACGAGGUCGACGAUGCAACUGCAGAAGCCGCCAAGGCUGCGCCUGCUACAUCAGAAGAUAAGACCGAGACUACUACUACACACGAAGCAACAGUCGAGAAAGCUGGAGGUGAAGGCCAGGCGCUCAACCCACAAGCUGUUCCUAACCAAAUCGCGGACAUCGAUCCUGCUCAGACCGAUGACUUGACAGUACAGCCACCUGUCGAGGGCGAGAAGGAGGGAAGCGCCGAUGUCCAGGCGGAGGAGAAGACAGAGGAGAAAAAGGAACCUGCUCCCGACUACUCACGAGGCCUCGCAGCCACGAAGCUGGAUGAGGAAAUCGAGAAGCGCAAGAAGCGCGCGCUGAAGUUUGGCACCAAGUUUGAAGACGACGAAGGCCUCAAGAAGUUGGAGCGUGCUAAGAAAUUUGGAGAGAGUGCACCUCCCAAGGGCCUCGAUGAAGCACUACCAGAGCGCGAGCGCAACCAAAAGCGCAGGCGAGAAGACGCUGAAGACACUAGCGAAAACAAACGCCGUAGCCAGGGCAGAUUCGAAGGACGCGGCGGUCGCAGUGGACGUGGUAGGCGAGACAAUCGCGAUAGCCGUGAGAGCCAUGACACUCGCGACACUCGCAACAGCCGCAACAACCGUGGAGAUGAUCGAAGCUCUCGCCGGGAAGAUGGUGGCAGACCGGCAAGCGGCUAUAGCGAGAAGGACAAGGCCGCGGCGGAGGCGAGGAAGGCUCGGUUCGCCCCUAAGCCUGCAGCUUGA